AUGGAGUCAAAGUUCCAUGCUUUUAUGUUUCCUUGGUUUGCUUUUGGCCAUAUGAUUCCCUUUCUACAUCUUGCAAACAAACUAGCUGAGAAAGGUCACCGAGUUACUUUCUUGCUACCCAAGAAAGCUCAAAAACAGAUGGAACAUCACAACCUAUUCCCGGACAGUAUUGUCUUUCACCCUCUCACAAUCCCUCAUGUAGAUGGCCUCCCUGCCGGUGCCGAGACAACCUCAGAUAUCUCACUCUCGUUAGACAACUUGUUGUCCGAAGCCUUCGAUCUCACUCAAGAUCAGGUUGAAGCUGUGGUAUGUUAUUUGAAACCAGACAUAAUCUUCUUCGAUUUUGCUCAUUGGAUUCCGGAAUUGGCUAAAGAGCAUAAGAUCAAGAGUGUGAGUUACAUGAUAGUAUCUGCUACAGCUCUAGCUCAUAUAAAUGACCCUGGUGUUCCAUUUGGUGUUCCCCCACCGGGUUAUCCUUCAACGAAAGUGUUGUUAGGUGAAAACGAUGCUCAUGCCUUAGCCACCAUGUCGAUCUUCUAUGAGAGACUUUAUCACCAGCUCACUACAGGUUUUAACAACUGUGAUGUCAUUGCACUUAGGACAUGCAACGAAAUGGAAGGUAAAUCAAGUAAACCACUAGAAGAACGCUGGAGCCAUUUUCUGAGCAAGUUCCCACCGGGCUCAGUAGUGUUUUGUGCACUUGGCAGCCAAAUCGUUCUUGAGAAGGAUCAAUUCCAAGAACUCUGCUUAGGCAUGGAGAUGACUGGUUUACCGUUUCUUGUAGCACUAAAGCCACCGAGAGGCUCCUCGACGAUCCAAGAAGUCUUACCAGAAGGGUUUGAGGAGCGGGUGAAGGGGCGCGGCGUGGUAUGGGAAGGAUGGGUGCAACAACCUUUGAUAUUGUCUCAUCCAUCAGUAGGCUGCUUUGUGAACCAUUGCGGUCCCGGAACAAUAUGGGAGAGCCUGAUGACUGAUUGCCAAUUGGUUUUAAUUCCAUUUUUAAGUGAUCAAAUGCUCUUCACAAGAUUGAUGACCAAAGAAUUCGAGGUCGCUGUAGAAGUGUCGAGGGAAAAAACAGGAUGGUUUUCGAAGGAGAGUUUAAGUGAUACGAUCAAGUCAGUGAUGGAUAAAGAGAGUGACCUUGGGAAGCUAGUGAGCAGUAACCACACCAAAUUGAAGGAGGUACUUUUUAGUCCUGGACUAUUGGAUGGUUACGUGGAUAACUUUGUUGAGGCAUUGGCUGAUUUGAUCAAUGUCAAGAAGCAUGCUUAAAUCCAAAACUAUAUGUUAUAUCUAAGAUUGGAGAGACAAAAGUUCUUUUCGACUCAAAAUUGUAUUUAAUUAUGAUGAAUAUUG